UCCGCAGCAUUCGCUACGGUUGCAUGGUCGCUAUAGAGUGUAGGUCGUAGCAUGUUUUACGCCUUCUCCUAAAAGAAACCUUAUUAUUUCAACGGUGUUCCUUUUUUCGCGCGUUCUGAAAUUCAUCGAUAAAAAACUCGGAAGAUCAUCGAUCGGAAAACUAAUGAGUCUCGUGGAAUAUACCGCCGUUCGAAUAAAAAGACAGAUAAACAGGAAUGCGUUGUAUGCUGGGAACAUGGGAAUGUAGCGAGUGUAUGUGUGUAAAGUGUUGCGCGCGGGCGUGUUUUCCAGACAAGUUCCUCCGUUCUUUCAUCGUUUUCUAAGAAACGCAUUCAGAAUACUGGAGAGAACACGAUGGUGUUCCCGACGAUACGAGCCAUUGCAGUAUUCUUGUUGUUCAUCCUCGAUCUUGAUGCUGCGCUAGCUAAUACUGUUACAUCGGCUAAGGAGGAAUGUAGGAAAAGAAUAGCUGAAUGCACAAUGAAUGGUGGUGGAAGCACACCAGUGUGCGGAAGUGAUGGAGUCACGUACUCCAAUCAAUGUCAAGUCAUUUCUAAGCAAUGUCAAGGCGUAUCUGUCCUCAUCAAACACACUGGACCUUGUCCAGAGACACCGGCGUGCUUCUCAGCAAGAUUGACCGCUCGACAUGGCGUACGGCCUGCCUGCCGAGACGAUGGAACGUACGCGCCAGUUCAGUGUCACGCAGAGACCGAGUAUUGUUGGUGUGUAACGCCGCAAGGCCGGCCGUUGCCCGAUACAACGGUAAGAUAUAAAAAACCAAGAUGUUUGAAAGCCGGUUCCAGAUCUGCUGCUUCUACUAGGAGCGGCCAAAGGCGACGCUCACCGACUAGGAAACAACGUAGGCAGUAUGUCAGCAAUAGGCAUCGAAAUACCUGCGAUCGUACCGAAAAGUCCAAAUUCAAUGGAAACCUCAUCGAGAACUUCAAAAUUGAAUACAGACGGACUAAUAUAUCCGCUGAGGAUGAUAAGAAUGUUGAACGGGUGUUGUCGUGGAAAUUUCUUAAGCUGGACCAGAACGCGGACGGCUACUUAGAUAAGACAGAGUACAAGGAGCUCAGAAGACUCGCCAAGAAGGCGGUAAGACCGAAGAAGUGCGCACGCACAUUUGCUCGCACGUGCGACCUAAAUCGGGAUUUAAAACUAUCGGAAUGGGGUGCUUGUCUUGCCAAUGAUUUCACUCUUUUGAAAGGUAGUCCAGCCAUUGGUAGUCCUAUUCAAUCUCUACCGUUUAACAAUGAUCAUUCGGAUACUAAGGAGGAAAGCGAUGCAAAUGAUUGCAUAUCGGAUAGAAGAUCAGUGUUGGAAGAUCAGAAGCGAGAAAAUUUGUACGUUCCACAAUGCAUGUCAGAUGGAAGGUAUCAUCGAGUGCAAUGCUACUCGGGUUAUUGUUGGUGUGUGUAUCAAGAUACAGGUAAGCCAAUACCAGGGACAUCCUCGAAGGAUCGUACACCGAAUUGUAAUCCAGUUCCGACUCCUAGCAGACCUAUGAAAGGAUGUCCAGAACUAAAAAAACAAUUAUUCCUUCGAGAUCUGAUGACUCUUAUGCAAGAAAAAAUGGAAGCUUCCAACAUCGAUUCUAAUGAAACUACCGUUAAAUGGCAGGCUUCUAAGGAGGAAAGAAUAGCAACUUGGCAUUUUGUAAUGCUUGAUAAGAACAAAAAUAAGGUUUUAGAAAAAAAAGAGUGGAAAAAUUUUCGCACAAUGGUAGCGAAUAACAGACAACUCCGGAGAUGUGGUAAAAAAUUACCGAGAUAUUGUGACAUCAACAAUGAUAGAAGGAUCAGUAUGACAGAAUGGCUAAGCUGUCUCAAUGCUCAGCGUCCAACAAUAGCUAACGACCCGGAGAAACCAUUAACUACACCGAAAAGAAUAGGUCCAAAUCCACUAGAUCAGUUUCUCAACGAUGAUGACUAGCACAUUAUGUGAUAAUUUGUGUUCGCUAUCCCAUAAAGAGACACUCGUCUCUUUUUUCUCAUUAAGCAUUAACAUAAGUACGACUGCAGGAAUUCCUGGAAUCACCGCAGUUUUCUCAUACUGGUAAUUGUCAACACUGUACAAUCAGUAUGUGUGUACUCUUGUGUAUCACCUAGUCCAUAAAAGUAAUAAGGCUCCUGAGUAUUCAGCCAAGAAUUCUGCAUUGACGGUGGCGACACAGAAUCAGACGGCGGCCUGGCGAAACCGGUAGCCCCACACACACAAGUACGAGCUCAUGUACAUGUGCUCUCGGCGCAUCCAGCGCAUGCUUAUGUCUAUGUGUACAAAGCCUCGUCACAAUAAAUGGCUGAACUUAUAGGCGUGAAAAGUAACGUGUUGACGUUAAAAUUUUUUCUUGCGUACCAUUUUGUUAUUAUGUGCUUAUAUGUGAAACUGUGACUUGUCUCAUACUUAUGAAAAUCGUAAAAAUCGAUGAAGACUCAAGUUAUCCUGGAAUUUUUUAUACGUAAAAGCAUAUUUUUCACUACCUUCAACAGCUGUCAAAUCGUAUGUUUUCUGUCGAAAAAGCCUUCACUUUACGUGCCUUUUAUGAUUAUUUAUUGACUGUAAGAGGAGGUAAGGAGUCUUCUUCAAUUUUCACAAUUUUUUUAAAGCGAUCUCAUCAUUUCGUUUCAUCCAAUUUCUCUUUAUUUACAAAUGGCACGCAAGAACAAUCAACGUGUCAUUUCUCGCUUAUGACAUCACGAUUCCAAUAUGGCCGCUGUGACUACUCAGGAGCCUUACAUAAUUAAGCUAUCUUAUACUGAAAACAAAUUCAAUUUAGAAAAAGAUGUACAAUAAAGUAAUUUUUAUAGCAAUUUUCUCAAUAUUGAACUUUUGUUAUAUCAUGUCUUUAUCCAUUUCCUCUUUAAUCACAAAAAAAAUCAUUUAUU